GUACUCGCUGCAUCUAGUGCAGCAUUUGUCUGGGGUACAAAAUAUAUUUUUUUGCAAUUACUGCGAGAGGACGUUAUAACAAAACACCAUAAUACAGACAUAGUUGAUUAUUAUCCAAAUGAAUGACUUCCACUUAAUAGCUACCCCAGAAGUUCAAACCACUAGUGGAACAAAUCCUUCCAUUUCGAAUUCUAUUUCAAAUAUUCAGAUUAUUAAUGGUGUUGCCGCUGACAGUUAUGAAAAUAGUACCUCCAAGAAUCAAAUUAAAUAUACUUUAAACUCUGUGAAAGCAUCUGAUGUUGCGAUCAUGCCAUCGAGCAUUCCAUCACUUCCAAAUUAUAAAAUCAAAACGUUUUACGAAUUAGGACAUAUUAUUGCAGUUUAUCUUUCCGCUAUCGAGCCAAUAAAUCCCGGAUUUAAUGAGUAUAUUCGAGGAAGUGAAUUCCAUGAACGCGAUUACUAUUUAUUAAGAAAUUAUUUUCGGAAAACGUUUCCGAAUGAAGAGGAUAGUAAAUUUUCAUUAUCGAUAUAUCACAAAGUCGACAUCGCCUUAAGAAGGUACAUGAUUUUUCUUUCAAACAUUGGAAUAGACAGUUUUUCACAAUUGGAACAAGUAAUAAGUAAUCCAUUUUCAAGUGGCUAUAAUAAUAUUAGAAUCUAUGAUGGUAUUACAAUUUUGAAAGUUCAGUUACCUUAUUUUGUUGAAAUCAUUUUACAGGACACAAAGUAUUUCAAUCCUGACAUAACAUAUAAUCUUGCUUGACAAUUAAGUUAACCGACUAAAAUUAUUUACUCCGGACUUUGUUGAAAAAUAAAAAAUUGUUUUCUAAAAAUUGAAUCAUGUUGGGCUUUUUAUUUCUAUCCACCAAUCAAAAUGUAGAGUAAAAUUUAAUAUAUAAAUUUUAUUUAACUAAUCUACAUAUACGAGUAACAUAUGUAUUAGUUGGUAUAUCUGUACAGUUUGAUUAUUGUCUUAAGAAAACUGACAUCUUUGCCUGAAACCGGAAUUGAAGUUUACUUGUGAACUCCGAAAACAUUGGGUAUUUUUGUUAUGACAUUCCGACAUAUAAUUUUCAGGAUGACUCUCAUUGGACUUACCCCGGACUUUAAAGAAUGAUGCUUAAAUUUAAUUACGUACCAUAUAAGUAAACAAUAUUAGUAUUAAUAAUCUUACAACUGUGUGCAGUUAUACCUCAUGUGGUCUUUUUGCUACGUAUUUCAUGCACCAAUGAUUCAAGUUCUGUGAA